AUGAUCGGUUCGUCACUUCUCUUCGUUCAUGACGCUACUGGACAAGCGAACAUUUGGAUGAUUGACUUCGGAAAGUCAGUACUCCUCCCGCCAGGUGUAAAAGUUAACCACCGGUCCUCUUGGCUCCAAGGUAAUCAUGAAGAUGGUUAUCUCUUUGGGCUUGAUGCACUCAUAAAUGUAUUCGAAGAGCUUGUAAUGGUCAAUGGGUUUAAGACUCCUUAA